AUGGUGUCCUGGUUACUGCUUCCGCCUUUCGGGGAAGACUUGCACAGGGCCACUGGCAUCAUCCACAGAAAAUCCAAGCAUUCGUCUCAACUUACCACAAAUUGGGAGAAGCGCUCAAAACCGUACCAGCUUCUCCUUGCUGAGAACACCCUAGAAGGACAGCUCAGUCAAGCAAAAAUACUUUUUCCUUUCUGCCAAAACGCCAAAGUUGGGGCUGUGUUUUGGGGUGACAUCGCCUUAGAUGAUGAAGACUUAAAUAUCUUUCAAAUAGACCGGACAAUUGACCUGACUCAAAGUCCCUUUGGGAAACUUGAGCAUACCACAGGUGGCUUUGGAGAUCAUGGCAUGCCAAAAAAAAGAGGAGCACUCUACCAACUUAUAGACAGGAUCAGAAGAAUUGGCUCUGGCAUAGAGCAAAAUAACACCACUAAGGGAAAAGCACCUCCAAAAUUAUCAGAGCAAAAUGAGAAAUAUCGAGUUCCCAGAGCUGCUACAUCAAGGACGGAGAGAAUAUGGCCUGGGGGCGUCAUUCCUUAUGUCAUAGGAGGCAACUUUACUGGCAGCCAGAGGGCCAUGUUCAAGCAGGCCAUGAGACACUGGGAAAAGCACACGUGUGUGACUUUCACUGAGAGAAGUGAAGAAGAGAGUUACAUUGUUUUCACCUAUAGGCCUUGUGGAUGCUGCUCCUAUGUUGGUCGGCGGGGAAAUGGGCCUCAGGCCAUUUCUAUUGGGAAGAACUGUGACAAGUUUGGAAUUGUUGUUCACGAACUGGGCCAUGUGAUAGGCUUCUGGCAUGAACACACCCGCCCAGACCGAGACAACCAUGUCACCAUCAUAAGGGAGAACAUCCAGCCAGGUCAAGAGUAUAACUUCCUGAAGAUGGAGCCUGGAGAGGUGAACUCCCUUGGAGAGAGAUAUGACUUUGACAGCAUUAUGCACUACGCCAGGAACACCUUCUCAAGAGGGAUGUUUCUGGACACAAUACUACCUUCCCGUGAUGAUAAUGGCAUCCGUCCUGCAAUUGGCCAACGGACCCGGUUAAGCAAAGGAGACAUUGCACAAGCACGAAAGCUGUAUCGAUGUCCAGCAUGUGGAGAAACCCUACAAGAAUCCAGUGGCAACCUUUCCUCCCCAGGAUUCCCAAACGGCUACCCUUCUUAUACACACUGCAUCUGGAGAGUGUCUGUGACCCCAGGAGAAAAGAUUGUGUUAAAUUUUACCACGAUGGAUCUAUACAAGAGUAGUUUGUGCUGGUAUGACUACAUUGAAGUAAGAGAUGGCUACUGGAGGAAGUCCCCUCUCCUUGGUAGAUUCUGUGGGGACAAAGUGGCUGGAGUUCUUACAUCUACAGACAGCAGAAUGUGGAUCGAGUUUCGUAGCAGCAGUAACUGGGUAGGAAAAGGGUUUGCAGCUAUCUAUGAAGCAAUUUGUGGAGGUGAGAUACGGAAAAACGAAGGACAGAUCCAGUCUCCCAAUUAUCCAGAUGACUACCGACCAAUGAAAGAGUGUGUGUGGAAAAUAAUGGUGUCUGAGGGCUACCAUGUUGGACUGACCUUUCAGGCCUUUGAGAUUGAAAGACACGACAGCUGUGCCUACGACCACCUGGAAAUUCGGGAUGGAACCAGUGAAAACAGUCCUUUGAUAGGACGGUUCUGUGGUUAUGACAAGCCUGAUGACAUAAGAUCUACUUCCAAUACUCUAUGGAUGAAGUUUGUUUCUGAUGGGACUGUGAACAAGGCAGGGUUUGCCGCUAACUUUUUUAAAGAAGAAGAUGAGUGUGCCAAGCCUGACCGAGGAGGCUGUGAACAGAGGUGUCUUAACACACUGGGCAGCUACCAGUGUGCCUGUGAGCCUGGCUAUGAACUGGGGCCAGACAAAAGAAGCUGUGAAGCUGCUUGCGGAGGACUCCUUACGAAGCUCAAUGGCACCAUAACCACCCCUGGCUGGCCCAAAGAAUACCCCCCAAACAAAAACUGUGUGUGGCAAGUGAUUGCGCCAAGCCAGUAUAGAAUCUCUGUGAAGUUUGAGGUUUUUGAAUUGGAAGGAAAUGAAGUUUGCAAAUAUGAUUAUGUGGAGGUUUGGAGUGGCCUUUCGUCUGAGUCUAAGCUGCAUGGCAAAUUCUGUGGAGCUGACGUACCUGAAGUGAUCACAUCCCACUUCAACAACAUGAGGAUCGAAUUCAAGUCGGACAACACGGUAUCCAAGAAAGGCUUCAAGGCACAUUUUUUCUCAGAUAAGGAUGAAUGCUCAAAGGAUAAUGGUGGCUGUCAACACGAGUGUGUCAACACAAUGGGAAGUUACAUGUGUCAGUGCCGGAAUGGAUUUGUGUUGCACGAGAACAAACAUGAUUGCAAAGAAGCUGAGUGUGAACAGAAGAUCCACAGCCCAAGUGGCCUCAUCACCAGUCCCAACUGGCCAGACAAGUAUCCAAGCAGAAAGGAGUGCGCAUGGGUGAUCAGUGCCAUUCCUGGCCACCGCAUCAAAUUAGCCUUCAAUGAGUUUGAAGUUGAACAACAUCAGGAAUGUGCAUAUGAUCACUUGGAAGUUUUUGAUGGAGAAACAGAGAAGUCACCAAUUCUUGGCCGACUAUGUGGCAGCAAGAUUCCAGAUCCCCUCAUGGCUACUGGGAAUCAAAUGUUUAUUCGGUUUAUUUCUGAUGCCUCUGUUCAGAGGAAAGGCUUUCAAGCCACGCAUUCCACAGAGUGCGGUGGUCGAUUGAAAGCAGAGCCCAAGCCCAGAGACCUGUACUCCCAUGCUCAGUUUGGUGACAAUAACUACCCAGGACAAGUGGACUGUGAGUGGCUGCUAGUGUCCGAACGAGGCUCUCGACUGGAAUUGUCCUUCCAGACUUUUGAAGUAGAAGAAGAAGCUGACUGCGGCUAUGACUAUGUUGAGAUUUUUGAUGGUCUCAAUUCAAAAGCUAUGGGUCUUGGUAGAUUCUGUGGAUCUGGCCCACCAGAAGAAAUUUAUUCAAUUGAAGAUGCAGUUUUAGUUCAUUUUCAUACUGAUGAUACUAUCAACAAGAAAGGAUUUUAUAUAAGAUACAAAAGUAUAAGGUACCCAGAAACUAUGCAUGCUGAGAAUUAAUACUGACCCUCCCUCAGAACAUAAAGGAACAUGACGUGGAAAGAAGACAUU